CAUGCUUUAUACAUUAUAAAACCUCUGAAAAGUCUACCUCGAGGUUUAGUCCAUCAGAAAUGGGCUCGAUGCGGAAACAUAUAUCGUUGGGGAUAUGCCUCUGGCUUGUGGCAGGAAUCCAGCGAAUCUCUGGCCUUCCAACACAAAAAUCUGACCAUCAAUGUAGCUCUUAUCCAGAGCCAGAUCUUCUACAGGUACAGCCUGGACCCGAUGGCCGAAUGCAACUCCAGGACGGGAUCAAGGGACUCUAUUUGAUCCUGCCACCGGGUAAAUCGGAACAUGAGAUCCGACCUGAUGAUGAGCAACAUAAAUUGGAUCCACUGCUGCCGAACUAUCAACAGGAUUUCAAAGGAGGGGAAUCUGUAUACUAUGUAAAGACCACAGCAUACAUUCCGGUCCACAUAAAGCCGUUUCAAGAGUGUGAGAAAAGUCAUGCACCACCGCAUGCUCCUCCACCAAUAUUGAGCCCUCCUCCACCAAUAUUUAGCCCACCUCCACCAAUAUUUACUCCUGCUCCGCCUCCACUUACACCUCGCUUUACUACGCGAGCUGUAAGUUUUCCCCCUCAUGGCAAUCCCUAUCCUUAUCCCCCACGUACUCCUCGACCUGUAUUUAGUCUGCCUACUUUGCCUCCAGACGUCAUGAAAGAAGGCUGUGUUGAGGACUGUCCCUGAUCGAAAAAGUCUAUAGGCUCUCCAACAUCCAAUAGAGAGAGCUAAGGAAAUAAAUAAUGUAGAAAGCUGA